CUCCUGGUAAACAGCGGCUUAUAGCAAGUGCAGCAACAUGAAGCUUCUUGGAUUCCUCUUCAUCAUCCAACUGACAACCACCGCUCUCCAGGAAUGGAGAACAAUGGUCAAGAAUGGGGCAACCAUUACCAUAAACUGCUCACUGUUGGCAGACGAGGGAGUAUAUUGGUUCCUGCAGGGAGAAAAUGCGAAGCCGAAAUUCUUGCUGUAUGUGUCUGGUUUGGGUAAAUCAAAACCUGUAAAUAGCAACAAACACAGUGCUGAAAAAUCAUCUAAGAAAGUCACCCUGAGGGUCUACAAUUUCGCUAAGGAAGACUCGGGGAAGUACUACUGUCUCAUGAUAAAGAGCAUGGUCAUGCAGUUUGGGAGAACCCAUGAGUACUACCUGGAAGAAAUUAAAACCACACCGAAGCCGACGACCACCACGCCGAAAACGACAUUAAGCACACCGGAGAACGCAGAAACGACCCCAUACCACUCAACUGAAAAAGUGAUCAACAAAGAUGAAAUGUCCUGCCACAUAAUCAUCUUGGCUCCUUUGGCUGGUGCAGCCUUUCUGCUGCUGCUCGCACUGAUUAUCGUCUCCACCGUUUUUUGCAGAAGGCCCCGCAGGAGACGCUGUAAGCAUCAAUUUGGAAAGAGACCAAUGGCUGAAGAGUUUAGAAGACCAUCAAACAGAUACCAUUAACGAGUUAGUGUCUGAAAACAUGUGCGAUUCAACUGGAUUCUCGAAUCACCUCUGGGAACUAUAUGAGACCAUCCGACUGACCUCCUACCCUUCAAGCGGUCUUCACCUUUUGCACAAUGCCUUUGGGUUGUCAUAACAUUGUUCCAGCUGAAACCUGUGUUUCGCGAAUAUGUUGAAACGGGAUUCGUGACAGAUACAAAAGUGGAUUUGUCUCACCCCCUCGCCAACGCUCCCCUCCCCUCCCACCGGGCAGUUCUGUGUCCGACCAAGAAUUCAGCUCUUGAUUGGACCCACAAGCACUGGGUUACCGAAGGCCGGCCCGUUUCAAACACUGGGACGUGCGGUCUCCGCUUUGACACUCUGGAGUGCCAGUCACUUCAAUCAGCCCUGGGGGGCGAGGGGGAGCUGGAGUCCACAGAUCCUGACCUUCGAGUAUUCACUGCUCCGGUCACUGUGACCGGGAGAAUUGCAGGAUGCUGAUCUCCACUUCAGCAAA